CCUUAAAUUGCCUUGACUUACAUAUUCUUUGCUUGAAAAAUAAAAAGUUUUAACAACUCGACAAGUAGGCUACACUGGUGCCAGUUUUAUAAAUUUUAGUUUUGUUCUAUAAUUUGCAUGAUUUACUCUUAUAUUUAUAUUAAUUAUAUAUUAACCUUAAUAUGGUUGUUGCUUUUAAUUUUUUUUUUAGAUUAUUAGUAGUAAUAUUAUUAAAUUUAUUCAUUUAUUUUCAUUAUUUAUCAUUAUUAUUAUUAUUAAUAUUUAUUAUUAGUAGUAUUAAUAGUAUUAGUAUGAUUAGAUUCUGCUGCUAUCACUCUAAUCCACUCAACUCUUCAUAAUUGAAUCUUGUCAUAAUACUAAUACCAUAGCACUAUACUGAUAAUAUUCAUUCAUUUUCAUGUCUUCAUAAUAUAACACUGAGUGAGUCUAACAUUAAUAUUCAACUGAAACUGAUACUAACACUGUUGACUGGUGAGUAAUAGUUUAACUCGACCUACACACUAACACUCUUGACUUUUCUAGUUAUUUUAGAUUCUUGUCCUUUCUCCUAGUAAAAUUACAGUUACAGUCUUGACUUGAGUCCACAGCUGAGACAGAAAUUUUAAAUAUUGUCCUGCUGCCAUAAGUCAUAAGUGAAUGUUAAGUUAAUGCUUAUAAUCUUUGUAAAUUAACCCAUUUCAUAUUGGCAGAGUCUACAUGUCCGUAGACCGGACAAAUAAUGCAGGAGAUAUACGUCCGGCGGGUAUGUUACGUGACUGCCGGAUGACUAGUAGGUGUUAUUAUUCCGGCAGGUCAUGUAACAAGUGGUUGUCGGCAAAGUAGUUGCAUUGCAUAUGAUAUUCAAAUAUUGUGUACAUAUAUCAUAUAUUAGUUAGCCUUUUCCCUAGAUAAUAUAUAAAUACUGACUAACAGUGAACAUAUUAAAUAUAUUCAUAUGCUCUGAGAUACAUAAAGUGUUUGACUUUGAAUAUUAAACUACUCUGCCUAUAUGCUAACUACUAGUAGUACUAUUACUACUAUUACUAAUUGCUAGUCUAUUUGAUUCCGACUCUUCAAAGAAAAAAGUCCCUUAUCUUGGUUAAACAUCUUAUAAAGCUCUACCUUGAAGCCUAAAUUUAAAAUAUGAAACAAAUAAAACAAGACCAGUACACUUCAAUAGACCUAUGUCAUUAAAGUUGUAUUUCAGGAUUAGUAUUUAGUAUUGCAUGAGAAGUAGGCUAGGCUACCACUAUAUCAACCCUAUAUUAAGUUGCAGGGUCUAUUUCUUUGUGAACUAUUGGCCUCCCCGCCUUCAACUUAAUUAUUUAUCACUCUCACUAUUAUUUUUUAUUACUGUAAUUCUCUCUCGCUCUCAGCAUUGCUUCCUUCUAGGAUUCAUUAUUGCUUUAAACCCCCCCAUUCAACUUAAUUAUUUAUCCCUCUCACUAUUUUUUUUUAUUACUGUAAUUCUCUCUCGCUCUCAGCAUUUCUUCCUUCUAGGAUUCAUUAUUGCUUUAAACCCCCCCCCCCCCUGUUUUGGUAAUAUACCCAAGUAUUUUUUUUUAUGCAACUGUAAUAUUCGCUGUUACAUGACAAGGCUGAUGGACAAAUAUCUCGCGCCACUUUGUUGCAGCGGUCAUGUGACUAGGUCGCCAGAAGAAUAUCUCGAUAAAGUAUUCUUCCGGCGGUCAUGUGACUUGGUCGCCGGAGGAAUAUCUCGAUAAACAAUUUGUCUGGUCCGGACGUGUAGACACUUUGUGUCAUAUUUCUUUCUUUUAUAGAAAUGAAGGUAUGAUUUUUUUAGUCAGUGACCCAUUUGUACCACCUAAUUUAUCUUUGUAUUUAACUAUUAAAACUUGAGGCAAGCUAUCAGAGUUUCUGCCCUAUUUUUCCCACAACUUUUUAUUUUAAAAGAUAAUACUACCAAAUUUUCAGGGGACAUUUAUAAAAAUAAAAGUUUUGUAUAACUUCAUGACUUUGAAUUUUGGAUACUUUUAUUUGAGUCUGAGUGUAUGUUAAGAAAAAUGUGAUUACAUGAUUAUUAUAUUUUAUUUAAUUUAGACUCAGUUAAAUUUUAAAUCAAUUCUUAUAUUUUUAAAAGUUAAAAAAAACAGAAUCUUUAAUUUAAUAAAAUUGAAUGCAUGAAAUUAUAAAUAAAAACUAAUAAAGUCACCCAUAAGAGCAUAAUGGUACUGGUAUGCGAUUAAAUUUCAAAAACCUCAAAUAAUAAUAUGGAUGUUCUGCCUGUCAUUUUCUAUGUAAGCUGGUUCACAGACUUCUUGGUCUUGUUAAUGAAUCCCAGGUUCUCUCCUUCAUAAUUUUUGUCUCUGGCAUCUACGUCCAAAUGUUCCUCAUUGUCGAUGGAAGGAAUUCCACUGAGUUCUUUGGUCUUCAAUAGAAAAUUAAAGUUUUCUCCUGUAUCUAAAAAAUCCAAGAAAUAACAUCUAAUCAUAUUAAAUCAUAAUCCUCAAUAUAGACAACUUCUUAUUUCUUUUUAAAUUAUUCAAGUUUUGUGUUUAUUAAAACUAAUUUCUUUUUUAUUAUUAUUCAAUAAUUAUAAUUAUUAGAAAUGUAUUUCUAUGUCAUUACCUGUACAUUAACAAUCAAUAAAAAUGUAAAAUACCGUAUUAAAUUUAAUAAUAUAUAUUUAAAUUAGACCUGGAAGUGAAAUUGUAGUAAUAGAAUAGUAUUAGUAGUAUUGGUUAAUUAAGCUUAGUUUAGUACUUAGUUAGACUUAGUAGCUAGAAUUCCUUGGCUAAAGCCUAUAAACUAUAAAUAUAAAUUAUAUUUAAAUUGUAGGUUUAGAAAUAGCAGGUUGAAGCAAGCUCAAAGUAAAUUUUGUGCAUAUUAUUGAUAUAAGUAUUCUAAAAUUACAAUUUACUUAGAUUUCUUCAGAAAUUUAAGGAUUACAGAAUAUUAAAACCCUCUUUAUUGAUUGUUAUCGGGAGCCAGUUCCAUUCCCGGUGAAGAUGCAACAUUUAUUUUUUCCCUCCUGUAUUUGGGGGGGUGGGGGUUUGAUAUGUGACAAUCUGAAAGGGUUAGCAUUAAAGGGUAAAUAGACUAUUUUAAAGUUAUUUCCCAUCCACAGUCGGCCACCACCUUGGUGGUUGGGGAAAUAAGUGGCACAGCAUGGAUUGCUUAAUUUUACCAAAUAAUUUAUUGUUAGAAAACUAAGGUAAAGCGCAAAUUUUUAAAAAAAGUUAAUUACUCUCUAGGGCUAGCCUAUACAAUUUGUAUAAUUUUUGUUAAUUAAUAUUAAUAUUAUUUUCUACUGGAGUCGCUAAGGCUUAUUUAUUGUCUUCUACCCAUCGGGUUUUAUGCUUCUUGCCGUACCCAAGACCAGCUUAUUUUAUUCAAUUUCCCAAUGCAUAAUCUAACCAUUCUAGGUUGUGAAUAAAAUAAUAGGCCUUUGCAAUUAAAGAUAUCAAUUGAAUAAAUCUUCAACUAAAAUAUUUUUUGAGCUCAAUGGUGAAGUGAUUUAUUAUUUUUCACUUGACUCAUUUUGCAUUUGUGUAAAUGAGUGAAAUACUAUUUGGCCUGAUUUAUUGUUUAGCUUAUGCCAUGCCUAUGUGUAGAAUGAUUACACUUGUUCAGCUCAGCAACAUUUUGAUAAGACCUAGGUGAAUAUUGGUGUUUUCCUAGUCAGUCAAUUCCCAACAAGCAGAAUAAAUAUUUGUGGCUCUCAAAUUAGCCGAAUUUUAAUUGUGCUUGACUUAUAAGCAGAUGAGGAUUAUUUAUUAUAUUAAAUCUAAGACUUGUUCAACAGAAGGUGACAAAGUUACAUGGAUCAACGCUUUUGAAAUGUUUUAAUCCAGUGCCCUGACACAAUGAGGAGAGAUCAUUAUUUAAGGCAUAUGUAAUCAUUUAAUGUCAUUGACCACCCUCCUGUUUUCAGUGAAAAAGACAAUGGAAUAUUGAAAAGUAAAAAAUAAUCUCUCAAUGUUUUUAUCAGUUAGCAUCCAUCAUGUUGCGUUUCCGUCACCAAAUGCAACCCCGAAAGUUAAAAGUCACUCCUGGUGCAAAUCCCCAAGCAAGAAUAAAUAAACUACGUGAAAUAGUCACAGGGCUAAUUCGAUAUGAGAGAGUGGAACCACUGUGGUAUUUUGCUGAUGAAGCAAGGCAGUAUGCGGAAAGGGUAAUAUUUCAGUACUUUUUUUUAUGAUAAAUAACACAUCAAAGGAUAAAAAAACAUGUUCUUAGUUAUUCCUUCUUUCAUUCACCAUGACACAUGUCUGACUGUUUUAUAUUGAAUGCAUUUUCAUUUGAUUUUAACAAGUCUUAUUUGUUUGAUCGCUGUUAAACUAUUGUGUCUUGUCUUGCACAGUUACUUUAUCUGGCUAUCAAAAAUGGAGACAAGCAUAAAGAAACAAUGGAGCUGGCAGAUUACUGGCUGGAGGUCAGCAUGUUUUUUUAAUAUUUGUCUAAAUUAAUUGUCUUAUUUAAAGAUUCUUUCAUGUUUUAACUAACAGGUAUUAAUGAAGUUUUUAUUUUAAACUUAAUACUUAAUAUACUCAUUCUAAAGUUAUUUUUUUCAUACGCCCAAAUAUCUGGCCAUCUUGUCUUUGCUAUAAAAUACCAAAGAACAAGCUUGUGUUUGUGCAGAUUGCCUUUUCGCAGUCUAUUGACUGAUACCAAAAAUAGGUCAACCCAAAUAAUGAUAGUAAAAAAAAAUUAUUGAAAAAAAUUUUGGAAAAGAAAUUGUGUGUUAAAAAAAUCUUAAUCAAAGUUUCAAAAAUUUGUAAAAAAGGUAGAAUGUAUGUUGCCUUCAGUUAAAAGAAAGGGACAAUUUAUGUGUAAAAUUAUAAACAUUAAUAUCUAGUUACCAUUCAGUAAGUUAUCAUUAACUUGUCAUGAGCAUUGUGAAUAUUCAAAAACAGCAAAAAUAUAUGAGCUUAAAAACAGUGCUAUGAAAAUGUGUUUAAUUUUGUUUACAGUCUAUCAUGCUCAUAAUUUCCUAUUUACUUCUAUUUCCUGUUUACUUUGACUUCCAUCAGCUAAGUUUAUCUUUGUGUACCUCUUUGUCUGCCGUUGAAGAAUUUUUUAGUCAGACAUUUUGUUGUUAAGUUGUGUGAUCGGUCAGGUUUGCCCCAACUCUGUAUGUUUCAUAUUAUUCCAGGAGAAAGAUUUAGUUCAUAAGCUGUUCAAAGUGUUGGUCCCUCGUUAUAAAAACUACAAAACUUGUUACACAGACCUACAUAAAUUAGCAGUGGAAUAUCCGGGGUCAGGCAUUCCUAUGGGAGUUUUGGAGCUCAGAGGUUAGUGUAUUUCAUACUGGCUCUUUGUGUAUAGUGUUACAGAGUUAUGAAUGAUGUACCACUUAUUGUUUCAAUGAAACAUUAUGGAUAUUACACUUACAGAGAAGUUUGUUCAGAAUGGGAGUCUAGCUAAAUUGUUAGACUUGGCAGAUUUUAUAUUUCAUUCCACUGAAAAAUUAAAUUAAAAAUCUUCAAGGUUUAUUUUGUGAGUGAAUUUUUUAUCAGCCCUGAUUUUUUUUAAAUUAUAAGUUUUAUAUAAAUUUGAUUUAAAAAUAUUUGUAGAUGUAUUUUUACCACUUUUUAAAUGUCUAUGUGCGAAAGAGAGCAAUUUAUAAUCAUUAAAAAAUGUUAGAUCACCGAAAAAAAACAGUGGAUUUAUUUUAUUAUUAGUUGGAUUUUUUUACAGAUACUAUCCAACAAUCGAUAAUUCAUUUACUUUGUUUACAGAUACUAAGUUGAUUUUUUGUUUUGUGAUAUUGAAUGUUGUGUUAAUUUCAACUACCGGUAAAAUCACAGUUCUGAAAAAAAAAUAGUUUUCAAAAUAACUAUGGAAGGUUCCACCAUGUUAAAUCUUUUUUCUUUAGGUAAUCCAUGGCCUCCCAUCAUAGCACGUCAACGAGACACCAAGUUCAUUCUGUCAAACAUGUUACUGACUGCAGCAAAACAGGAUUUUUACAAUACCAAGCAACAGCUCAAAUCUGAUGCAGCCACAAAGAGACAACAGCUUAUUGAAAAAAGUGAUGACAUGCAUACGAUUAGAAGAACUGAUGAUUCUUCCUCUGUAGACCCACCUGCUAAAACAGAAAACUUAAUGAUGGACAGAUAGCCCCUAAAGAUUUAUAAUUAAAUAUUCUUUUUUUUGGUCAAGUUUAAAACACAAUGACAUUAAGUUGUUACAGAAUUAAACUAAGAUUAUAGAAUGCAUUAACAGCAUAAAGAUAUGUUUAAGCUUGUUGUAAUAAAAAUUUAAUGUCAAUUUUAAAAAGAAAUAAAAUAACUAUUUUUGCUUUAUUGCAUAGUGUUGAUUCAAGAUUUUCUCAAAAUAUCAAGAGAUAAGGUGUUGGUUUUUUUUGUUGUUUUUUUUUAAAUAUUUUUAGCCACUCAUUUAGGUCACAGUGCCUCAGAUUGUUCCCUGGCUCUGAGAUCAGUUUCAUUUUUCAUUAAAAUCAGGAGUCCCUUGUGGCCAUUGAUUUACAAGGCUUUUUAUAAUUGUUACUGUGAAAUUUUUGUAUAAUCCAUGGAAAUGGAAAAGAGAAAAAUAAUGGAUUCAAACAUCAGCUUCUCAUAAGAGUAAAGGUUUUUCAAGUGAUUAAAGAUUUGUAAUAUAUGCUAAACGUAUGAUUUGCAUAUCCUGUUGGUUUAUCAUUUUUCUUGAAACAUUUCUCAAAAUAUAGAGAGCCUAAACCUCUUUAAAAGGUGCUCUAACAUUGUUAUGUUUUGAUUCUCUCCCUUUGAUUUUCUCCUAUCUUUAUAUUAUGGAACAAAGAUACAGUUGUUUGAAAUGUUUAGUUUUGUGAGUUUAAUAAUCAUCUGUACUAAUGUCGUUUAAAAAUAUAUAAAUAUAUUUGCGCAUUCAUUUGAAAUUUUAAAAAUAAACUAAAAUGAACAUCUUCCUUCUUGAUUAUAGGAGCAUAGUAUACAUUACCUCUGUGAAAACAUAUCUGCAAAAAGCUUAAUUGACAUGCCAUACAAAAUACUUGAAACAUCAUGUUUAAAUAUUAAAGUUAACAUUGUUCAAACUGU